AUGGCUGCAAUGUUUCUUCUGGGUUUUCUGAUGGCUGUCCUUGAAAUUGCAGGUGCACAUGAAUCAAUAGGCAUUUGCUACGGAACGUUAGGCAACGACCUGGCACCGGCGGCAGAAGUGAUCCAACUCUACAAAACCAUAAACAUCACAAAAAUGAGGCUUUACAACCCCAACGCCGCCGCAUUGCAAGCGCUGAGAGGCUCCAACAUACAACUCACAUUAGGAGUGCCAAACGAAGACCUCAUGCGCCUCGCCUCCGACCGCUCCGCCGCAUACCAAUGGGUGCAAGAAAACGUCCGGAGUUACUGGCCGGAGGUGCGGUUCCGCUACAUCGCCGUCGGCAACGAGAUCAGCCCCGUGAAGCGCGACACGGCUUCCGUCGCCGACUACGUCCUCCCGGCGAUCAGAAACAUCCACGCCGCCGUUUCCUCUGCGGGUUUACAAAACGACAUCAAGGUUUCCACCUCCAUAGACAUGACACUGUUGAGCCACUCCUUCCCGCCGUCCGAGGGCCGUUUCAGCGACGAUUUGGGGUCCUAUGUUAAGCCCAUCGUGGAGUUUCUCGCGAACACCAACUCGCCGUUGCUGGUUAACAUAUACCCUUACUUCACCCAUACCCAAAACCCGGCCGACGUUUCUCUUCCCUACGCUUUAUUUACUUCGCCGGCCGUGGAAGUUUGGGACGGCGAGUUUGGGUACCGGAACCUCUUUGAUGCUAUGCUGGAUGCCACAUACGCGGCCGUGUCGCGGGCGGGAGGGGCAAAUGUGGAAAUCGUGGUGUCGGAGAGUGGGUGGCCGUCGGCCGGUGGGUUAGCCGCCACGCCGGAGAAUGCUUUCACUUAUACCAAGAAUUUAAUCCGGCAUGUCAAAGGUGGUACUCCUAGGAGGCCUAACAAGGCUAUUGAGGUCUACUUGUUUGCCAUGUUUGAUGAAAAUAGUAAGCCUGGACCAGAGCUCGAGAGACAUUUUGGUCUGUUUUCUCCCAACAAGCAGGCCAAAUAUCCACUCGAUUUUAGCGCUUGA